CACACAGUUUGAAGCUGCAGACAGUUUGAAUCAGACUCAGGACAGAAACACACGACCUCUAAAAAAUGGACCAAACUCUAUAUUUCAUUCUUCUUCUCAUUGCUCUCUGCUCUGUAUCUGAAUGUGUUCAGCGUCAGUAUCACUUUAUAAAUGAGAGGAAGACCUGGACUGAAGCUCAGAGAUACUGCAGAGAGAAUUACACAGAUCUGGCCACCGUUGACAGCAUGAACGAAAUGAACAACAUGAACGAGCUGAAGAAGAGAGUGAAUGACAGAAGUGUUCAGUAUGUCUGGAUUGGUCUACAGAAGACGGGUUGUGAUGAAUGGCAUUGGUCUUCAGGUGAACCUGUGCUCUAUCAGAACUGGGCUACUGGACAACCAGAAGGAAGAGAUUAUUGUGCUAUGAUGAAAACUGGACAAUGGCAUGAUAUGGCAUGUAGUGCUACCCGACGUUUCAUCUGCAACAAUAGUGAGGUGAACACAGGACUCGUCUUCGUCAGUAAGCUGAAGAAUUGGAGAAACGCUCAGAGUUACUGCAGACAGAAUCACAUUGAUCUGGUCAGGGUGAGAAACCAGAAUGAGAAUCAACAGGUUGAAAAGAUCAUGAAUGAUAGUCACAUUUCUGAAGCUUGGAUUGGUCUGUUCAGAGGCUCAUGGCAGUGGUCAGAUCUGAGUGACUCCUCAUUCAGAUACUGGGACACUGGUGAACCUAAUAAUAGUGGAGGUAAUGAAAAAUGUGCAGCUGUCAAACUGAAUGCUCAGGGAAGAUGGAAUGACAUCUCUUGUGACAACCAGUUUCCUUUUGUGUGUCAUGAAGAUAAACUGAUUGUGAUCAGAGAGAGUCUGACGUGGUCUGAAGCUCUGAGAUACUGCAGACAGAAUCAUGUGGAUCUGGUCUCGGUUCAUUCAGAAGAGAUUCAGCGUCGUGUGAUGAACGUGGUUAAACGGGCGUCUACUGCGGAGGUGUGGAUGGGUUUACGUUACUCUCGUAUUUUGGGCAUCUGGUUCUGGGUGAGUGGAGAGACUGUGUGCUAUCAGAACUGGGCUCCAGGGAACGGCUCAUCAGAGGAGGACUGUGAACACGCAGUGAGAUCUGGAGCAGUUCAGUCUGGAGGAGAUCAGCGCUGGAUCAGCCGUCCUGAACACCACAAACUCAACUUCAUCUGCAGCAGAUAUUAAGAGUGAAAGUGUAACCCACUCAAAUAAUUGAGUUGAUGGAUUAUUUGUGAUGAUUGAGAAUGUUUUUUUUUUUUUAUUCACAAUGUAUUAUUAUUUUUUUUUUCUUGCUUAAUGCAUAUUAUGUUCAGGCUUGUAAAUUAUACAUGUAUAAAUGUAUUUAUGUGUUUAAUUUUGUUGCAAAAUAGAAUUGACUAUUAAACAAGUGCGUCGAUGGUUGCUGACGUCACUUGCGCGCCAGCUCGUGGUCACAGUUGCCAAGUCCGCGUAUUAUACGCGACUUUGGGCUUCUUUUUUUGUAAAGUUGCGGGAAAAAAUCCCUGGUCGCGGGUUGCGGUUUUUUGGGCUUAUUUUAAAAAAUAUGGUCGCUUGUUAUGGAAAUCUGACAAGCAACUUCGUUUUUUUUAUUUAUGUUCGCCUGUAUUCUCCAAUGCAUUGAUUGACACUCUGUCUGCUUGCAAUAGCCAACUAGUGCAAUAAUAUAAGUGCUGUAGCUUAAUUUGCCAUAUGUUCCUCCCCCUCAUUGGAGAAAAAUCACAUUAAAAAAAGACGACACGUGACGUUGUAAUCCAAGCGGUGACAGAAGUAGACGCAGAGGAGUGGGAUGACUUUCUUUUAGCCUAAUUUUUACAAUGUUUUGUAAUGUAUUAAUUAUCACGGGCUGUAAUAAAAAAAAAAACAAGUAGUCAUAUCCUAAUACUGAUCAAUACAUUUGGUUCGAAUAGCCUGGUAUGGCAAGAUGUCUUAAAAUGUAUUUCUUUUUUUUUAACAUUUAAACCACAUUAUUAGAUUACCUUUUGACUUCAUGAAUACACAUAAAUGACAGCUGAAUGAUUUUUUAUCUUUUUUAUAAUAUUUUUUAAUAUUAUUAUAUAUUUUUAAUAUAAUAUAUAUUAUAAUUGAAUAUAUAAUUUAAUAUAAUAUUUUAUAUUUUUCUAUAAUAUUUAUGUGGCAUUUUGUUUUUUAUGUCAUUUAUUUGAUAGUUAUGUAUACAUUAUUUUAUUUUAAAUGGAAGAAAAACCUGUUUUUGACCUCAGAAUAAAGCACUUUGCCGCUGUACAUGGCUGUGGGGACGAGCAGUUUUGUGGUGCUUGGAAUUCUUUAUAAUUAAUUUAAAACAAAUAUUGCCACAUUGAUGCCUCAAGAAGGUGUAAUUGUUCAAAUAACACAUUGUUUCAUUUUAAAAUAUAUUUUUAAAAAAAAUUAACCAAGUGUUUUUCAAGUGUAAUAUUUCUGUAAAGGCUAGGGACAGAAAAAUUGACAUUUCCAUAGAAUGACCCCUAUAUAUAUUUUAUAUACAGCUCCCCUUUGAAGCUCUUGUGUUUUUCUCCUUUUCCAUCUCUCCAAUCCUAUUCUGCUCACAGGUGAUUGGAGACAAGUUUUGUUCCCACUUUUGUUGCAGUUUGCUAAUUUUUGUAAAAUAGCUUCUGUUUUUGCUUUUCAGAUAAAAGAGUGGUUUCAGUUUAAUAUGUUGCAGGCUCAUAUAUUGGUAAUAAAUAAUUGAUAAUAAGUAAUACUGAUGAUAAUAAAUCAUCAAAAAAAAUAUUGGGCUUGUUUUGGGCUUGUUUUUGAAGCUGCGGUUGCUUAUUUGUCUCGCGAGAGUUGGCAACUGUGCUCGUGGUGAGAGAGAUGCGAGCCGCAUUUCGGCUGCCGCUUAAUCUUAACCAUCCUCACCAAUUCUUCUUUAAAUAUAUGCCUGAACUGUUUCAUUGCAUUAGUGAUCGGAGGAUGCCGUUUGCGCUCGAAGAGAUCUGACUGUUUCAUCGCAUCCUGGUCGUUUUGGAUUCACGCCAGGAGGGGGAAAACGAGUUGGAUUUCACUACGGACGGAUUGCGCAAUCAGAGGGCUCGUUCGUAAAGACGGAACAGUUUCUUCAUCGUUCGUUUCGGCGAGGACUCUGUAGGCACCUAUACACUCAUAUUGACUGAACUGAGCCAAACACAUUCCUACUUCAUUCCAGAAUUCCGUAUUCAUGUACAUUCUUUUUUUGGACUGUUUUGGACUAUUUCCUUCCUAUUUUUUUUUCUCUUCAGUUGUAAUUGUUGAUUGACAGCUUUGCUGUUCAAGGGCUGAAUUUAAUCAACUAAAUUCAUUAGCUGAUUUAUUGUUUGAAUAUGUGAAAAGGUUUUCAAGCACACUGCAAAGCAGUAAAAAGAGAAGAAAAGAAGAUAUACUGAAUACAAAAAGUAUACUCUAAAACUGAUUUCUGUGUUUGUCUUAUUCAAGCAGUUAGUG